AUGAGGUGCCUCAACGUCAUCGCCAGGAAGUCCCGGAUCUCGCUGCCCACCUUCCGUACUGAGGUGUGCAGCAUCAAGGUGGGUAAUUGCGCAGUGGUCCUGGCACGGAAGUAUGUCAUCAUCUUUCUGGGCCUGCUCACCACCAUCGUGGCAGUCUACGCCCUGCGCUCCUUUGUGCACGUGAACGGCGCGGCCCCGGAGGUGAACAAGGGGGCGCCAUCAAUGCUCUCCUGGGAGGACUUCCUCUUCGACUGCGGGCCCAAGUCCUCGCUGAGGUCCCGAGGCAACUCCGCAGUGGUCUUCGAUGAGAAGUGCCCAGGCUUCGAUGAUUUGCUGCCGGGCGAAGGGCCCGGAAGUGGUGCGGGCAGCGCUAGGAGAAACCGCAGAGAGCGGUUGGCGUCGCUGGAGAGCCGGGAAGUUACAGCAGGCCAUCCAGAUGGCCCCUAUGGCAGCGGUAGCGACACCUUCGGCCGCUACAGCAACUUCUCCAACGCCGCCCACAUGCUUUGCAGGCUGGUCCGGCUAAGUUCCGGGAACACGCAGUCUGUGGAUUGGCAGCUGGGCCUGCGCGGGGGCCAGAAGAAGCACCCGGAGGAGGGCUGGCGCCGCUACUUCACGCGGAAGCAGGCCAGCUUUGACCACAUCGCGAGGAAUUGCACCCCGGACAACGAGGCGUACCAGUCCAGGAUAGGCACUCCCUUCGACCACAGCUUCGACCGUCAUCAAGGCGCCAUGAAGACUGCUACGAUCCGCGAUACGCCCAUCAGCUUCGAACGCGCCAAGGGCUGUGAGGGUGCUCAGGCAGGGCAAUGGCAGCACAUCUUCCACUCCCGGCCUGCGGCCACCCGGCUUCAGCUUCAGCAUCUCACCAGCCUCAGGGAGAUGCCAGGCCAGCACGCGGGCAUGCAGAUCUCCGACAACCGGAGUGACACCUGCUGGGUGGAGAUGAUGGGCAAGAAGCGGUGGGAAAGAUGCAGGCCGCCGGAUCCUUUGGAGCGGCAUCCGCAAGAGGGGGGCGAUGCCAAGCUGCACCACCUCUACUACCUCAAGGUGCGCCCGGAGCCGGACGAGGACGCCAGGGCCCAGCGCACCUCCAAGACCCCGCGCCUGGCACAGGAAAAAGCUCGCAGGCAGCUGAAUGAAGAGAGGCUGGGUGAAGCUUUGCCUCAGACAAGUUGGGCUACACAUUCUGCAGGAGGGGGGCAUUGA